AUGUCCCAGGGAGGAAACUUAGAGGUCUUGAAGGCGGAGAUGUUAACAUUCAGUUUAUGGGAUUAUGGCGUCUUUGGCCUGAUGCUUCUGAUCUCUACGUCCAUCGGCCUUUUCUACGCCCUCUCGAAAGGUGGGCAGAAGACCUCCGAAGACUUUUUCACAGGCGGCCGGCAGAUGUCGGCUAUUCCCGUAGGGCUGUCGCUCUCCGCCAGUUUCAUGUCUGCCAUCCAGGUGCUUGGGGUGCCAGCCGAAGCGUACCGUUACGGCAUGAAGUUUUUGUGGAUGUGCCUGGGCCAGCUGCUGAACACCCUGUUGACCGCGUACCUCUUCCUGCCGGUCUUCUACCGCCUGGGACUCACCAGCACUUACGAGUAUCUGGAGCUGAGGUUUUCCAAGAAAGUCCGCCUGUGUGGGACGAUCCAGUACAUCAUUGCAACAAUGCUGUAUACCGGGAUUGUGAUCUAUGCCCCAGCACUGAUCCUCAACCAAGUGACUGGAUUGGAUAUUUGGGCUUCUCUUCUUUCCACUGGUGUCAUCUGUACGUUUUACACCACCAUCGGCGGGAUGAAAGCCGUCAUCUGGACGGACGUCUUCCAGGUCUUCGUCAUGCUAUCGGGCUUCGUGGCCAUCUUGAUCCAGGGCACGCUGCUGGUGGGAGGGGCCGACAAAGUCCUGGCCAUCGCCUACAACAAUUACAGGAUUAACUUUGAUGAUUUCAACCCAGAUCCCCGCAGCCGUUACACUUUCUGGACUUUCAUCUGCGGCGGGACGCUGGUUUGGCUUUCCAUGUACGGCGUGAACCAGGCCCAGGUCCAGCGCUACGUGGCUUGCAAGACGGAGAAAGAGGCCAAAGUAGCCCUCCUGGUCAACCAAGUGGGCCUCUUCAUCAUCGUCUCCAGCGCCGUGGGCUGUGGCAUCGUGAUGUUUGCGCUCUACAAGGACUGUGACCCUCUCCUGGCCGGACACAUCUCAGCACCUGACCAGUACAUGCCUUAUUUGGUCUUGGAUAUCUUUGAGGAAUACCCUGGCGUACCGGGCCUUUUCCUGGCCUGCGCGUACAGUGGGACGCUGAGCACGGCCUCCACAAGCAUCAAUGCCAUGGCCGCUGUGACGGUGGAAGACCUCAUCAAGCCGAACCUGCCCCACCUGUCGCCACGGAAGCUCACCCUCAUCUCCAAAGGACUUUCGCUGAUCUACGGCACGGCGUGCAUCACCGUAGCAGCCUUGUCGUCAUUGCUGGGAGGCGGCGUUCUGCAGGGUUCCUUCACCGUCAUGGGGGUCAUCAGCGGCCCACUCCUGGGAGCGUUCAUCUUGGGGAUGUUCGUACCAUUGUGCAACACGGUGGGGGUCUUCUCCGGCCUUGGCAUGGGCUUUGCACUCUCCUUCUGGGUAGCGGUGGGGGGCACGAUUUAUCCCCCCAGUGCCGCCACCAUGGGCGUCCUCCCAUCCUACGGAGACUUCUGCCCGCUCUACAAUGCCUCUGAGGGGCUGAAUGGCACCAUCGUGUUUGGGCUGCUGCCUCCGCAGAACAUCUCAGAAGUUCCGGAGAGGCCGGCCAUCGCAGACGACUUUUACGCCAUCUCGUACCUCUACUAUGGUGCCUUGGGGACCUUGACCACGGUCGUCAUCGGGGUCCUGGCCAGCUGCCUGACAGGGCGCGGAGAAAAGAACUUGAAGGGUCCCAGUGUGCUGUGGUGGGAUGUCGUGAAGCAGACCUCCUCCGUCGCCCCAGAGGGGAUCGAGAAGCCAUUCGUCAAGGUUUGUGAGGACGCUCCCAGUUUGCAAAAGAAGGCCUUCGGCUCGACGUCCCUGGUGCCCGGGUUCCCAACGGAGGAGAAGACUCUGUUGGCCAAGGAAGAGUCGGCCUUGUCCAAAGGUUCGGAGGAGUCCAUCUGUGUAUGUGCCGCUUUGGACCACGGUUGCUUCCACCUGCUGAGAGAAACCGACGUGUAACAGUCCCGAGACCAGGAGGCCAGAAAUGGUCCCGACCAGCUCUGUCUGGGGAGAAAUCACCAGUCUAAACGGAUUGUGCCUUGUUUCAUCCAGAGAUGUGCACAUAAAGGGCGCGACUUCCUCCAGAGCAGGACGGAAGCUCUGAUAAAUUUUGGGGGGAAGGGGGUUGCUUGCCUGUAAUCAAACUUUGGUUAAGCUGUGCCAAGAAUCACCUGGCAGGCACGGACCCUGGGACUCUUCCACUUGCCCUUUGGGGAGAUCCGCCCAGUGGGACCCCCCCCAUCUCGCGUCACCUGGGGAAGGGGGAGUUGAAAACCUGCAGGUGGAGAUGCAGAAGGGGAAGAAUUGCCACCUCUUCUUGUCUUCCCA